CUCUAGUAGAUUUAAAAAGCAUGUACGAAAUAUACGCGCUGAUAGCGGCAAUAUUACUUCCUACAGGAAUUGGUGUACUCUUAUAUUUUUUAUACCAACUUAAAACAAUUAUAAAACACUUGGAUUUGUGGCCAAUAGUGUUUGAAAAUGUAACUUUGGUUAUAUUGGGUAUAUUUUACAUUUACAGUGCCGUUAUUCUGUCGCAAAAAGGUGAAAUCACAAAAGUUGAGGAAAAUAUUUGGGAUGAUUUCGCUAUUGUUAAUGAUACCAUGUUUAAUAGCAAUGAAGAGGAUUAUCUUUCGGAUGAUCGCAACAACGAAGUCGAGGAUAGUAGAAAAAAUACGAAGCCCAGCGCAAGCCUAUUCUUAGAAAAAUAUCAAGCAUUGGUUCAGGAAGCAAUCAGUCAAAAAUUUCCGAACAAAUUAAGGAAAGAAAGAAAUCUAUUAUCAAAUAUUCUCGACUAUGCGCGAAAUUUUAAAGAAGGCGAAAAUAUUGAUAUCGUUGAGAAUCAGAAUUGUUUCCUAAACUCUUUUUUGUUUGAAGCAUUGUUAGUAUAUUCCUUUAUAACAAGUGUAUUAUCGUUACUGAACAAGUGCCACAUUUGUCAAAGAUGUCCAGAAGAUAAUUCACAUUUGACUCCUAAAGGUUUGGAGAUUAAAUCAACCACAUCCAAAAGCCCUUCGGACUCGUUUGGAGAAAAGAUUGCCGAUGACAGUCUAGAAUCUAUUGAAAACGGAGUAAAAAUACGCCCCUUAUUUGACAGCGAUAGCAUUAAGAGUCACGCCCCUGGCUUUGAGGUAUUCGCGGUGAAAACAGGUACCGCAGGUGAUGCAGAGAAGAAAAAAGAAUGUAAGAAACAGAACAGUUUUCUGAAUAGAGAAGCAAUGCGCGUGGCGGCUAAAUGUAGUUUUAUGUUUAUAUUACCGAUUAUGCUUAUUUUAUUGAUGUUCUUCUUAAUGAGAAACAACAUUACUCAUAAUCACUUUAUAGAAAAUGUGAGCAUGGAUCCUUUACAAGAUUUCAAUUUAAUACCUCAUAACGUUGAAGCUAAUUUUAAUGAAGAAAAUAGUACAACCUAUUCAGAAAUAAAUAAUAUAGUAGGAAAAGUUUAUAUGGUAUUAAACAAAAUCCAAGAAAGCCAUAAAGCAUAUCCAAAGAAAAAGUCAAUUGUAUCAGGAUUAGAUAUGGCGAUCCAUCAAAAUCAAACUGAACAAUGUGUUUUAGACAAUCCUUAUAUAAAAACAUUCGAUUUCGUGGUGCUAGUUGUAGUUUUUUUUUUGGUUAUACUUUAUACAAAAAUAAAAGAGCCUACAUUAUUAAAAGACGUGUCUACUCAGGGUUUAAAUAAAUCUCUUCUGAGUUUUCUAGUUAUGUGGGCUCCUAGCAUUGUAGAUACGGUUUUAUCUAAGUUUAUUACUUUGAAAGAACCAAAUAUGAUGUCCGCUAUUAUGCUAUUACUGGGAAAUCUUGAGAAAAUAUAUAGUACUAAGAAAGAAGUUGAUAUAUUUAAAAUGUACAGUAGAAGGUAUGCAUUUGUGGUGCCAGCAGAAGAGAAAUGCAAACAAAAAGAAAAAGAAAAUGAGUAGGACUACCAUUGAUUGCAGUUUUUAAUGCUGGUAGCAUGCCAUGCAGACUGCUACAAUCUAAUCUACUACUUAAUUCAGUUGCCAAUCAAUGGUGCAUUUUUCUUAAACGCGUGCACAUGCUUCAUCAUUUUUUUAUUUAAAUGCCAAUAAGUUCUUGAUAUCUUUUUUGCGAUAGAUUUACAUUUGUACAGUCAUCACUCACUUACCUCGCAA